AUGAAAACCAAUAAUAAGAAGAAGAAGAAUAAGAAGAACAAGUCGAGGAAGAGCAAAGCAAAGAAUAAGCUUAAUCAGAAAGGUCUGGCAUCUACAGAAAAUGCCUCCGUCCCUGAUCCAAAAUUACAGGAUACUACGACCGGCAAUGAUACCCAUCCUGCUAUAGAUUAUCUAAGAAAAUGGCAAGAUGAUCGAUCCAAUUGGUCAUUUAAAAAGAAUAGGCAAGUUUGGUUACUGAAAAAUAUGAUGGAUGUCAGUAAGGUUAGUGAAAGUGAUUUUAAAACCUUGAUAAAAUACAUGCAAGGCCUGCGUGGCUCAGCAAGAGAUACCACUCUAAAAUUUGCUAAAGAAAGAAUGGAUCAAGCUGAUUCCGUUGAUGUUUCUAAAGCCUUGACUUGUUCAAUAGCCUCAUAA